AUGGCUGAUCAAACAUUAUUAGCAAAAGCUCGUAAAGCUAGAUUUGAUGAUCUAUCAAAUUUUUCCGGACAUCCUUCUGAGGACGUCGAACAGUUUUUGAAAAGUAUAACAAAUUUAACCAAAGCUAAUGACGAAUCCAGCAAUCAUGAAGUUUUGGAAAUUGCUCGUGGCAAAUUAACUCGAUCGGCUGGUAAAUGGUUCGAUGAUAACGAAUCUAAUUUUAAAAAAUGGUCCGAUUUCGAAACUGCAUUUCGAAAUCGAUAUUUUCCUGCAACAUUAACUCAUAAGAAAUUUGAUGCAUUAAAACAACGUAAACAAUUACCUGACGAACCAAUUACAUCUUAUUUCGAUGAUAUCGUUAAUCUAUGCCGAGAAACUGAUUUAAAUAUGUCAGAACAAAUCAUCAUUCAAUAUUUAAUGAGUGGAAUUAAUCCUGAUUUCAAAAAGGAACUUUCUCGACGUGAAUCAUCAAUAACUACAUUAAAUGAAUUUUUAAAAUUUGCAAAGAUCGAACAGGAUCUAUAUGAUGCUUUUGAAAAGUCUCAAUAUUCAUCAUCAAUUGAAUCUCAACAACCUUAUUUUGAUUAUAAUCGCUCAUCCAUUCCUUCAUUAACCGCGAUGAUUAAUAAAUCCGAUCAACAUUAUCAUCAUAUGAAACAAAAUGAUCGUCGUUCAUAUCCUAUAUCAACACAGAGAUCCGUUUCACGACAGAACUCGAUUCCUCAAUCUGGAAAUCAAUCAACAAUGAUGUCGAAUAAACAAAUUCCUUAUAAUUCUCAACCAUUUACGUAUAAACAAACGUCGAUCAAUCGUCAACAAACAUUACAAAAUAAAUUUUCGAAUUCAAAUUCAACAUCUCUUAAUGUAAUCGGUGAAAUUGAAUUAGAAAUAAAUAUUAAACAUAUUACAACAUUCAUCAUUGCUUAUGUCGCAACAAAUUUAAUUACAUCGAUUCUCCUAGGCAAUGACUGGAUUAAUUCGAAUCAAGUUCACCUUUUUGGUGAUCAACAACGCUUAACUAUUCCUGAUCAACAUCAUCAAUUAAUUUCAAUUCCAUAUAUGGAACCUAUGUGUAUUCAUUAUCCCGCACAUUUAGUUAAUCAAAUUACACUUCCUCCUAAUUCACAAAUGUUCGUUCAUGUUAAAUCACAAAUUAAUAAUGCAAAAGAUUUGAUAUUUGAACCAUAUGGACGUCAUAUAUCUAAAUUUAUUUUUAUCCCUCAUACAUUACUAAAUAUUCAAAAUCAUACAUCAAAAGUCUUACUGAUAAAUGCUCAUAAUCAUUCACAAACAUUAUCAAGAAAUACACGAAUCGGAACCCUUUCUCGGGAUGCAACAUUUGCAAUAUUUACAACAACACAACAUCCUGUGGAACAUAAAUCGUUCUCAAAUAAACAUAAUCACUUCACAUCUCAAUGUUCUCGUAAUACAAGAACCGGAGCUGUCUCAUAUAAUGAGGACAACUCGAAUCGAAUUACAUUAGAUACUUAUUGUCAUGAAUGCAAUGGAUAUUUCUUAUCCGGUAAUGAUUUACAAAAGCAUCCACGAGCACAAUGUUAUUCGGAACAAAUUCGAAAACAAAUAAACGAAUCAACUGCACAUCUAGUAAAUCCUAAACAUCGAUUAGCAAUUCAAGAUAUAUUAUGGCGAAAUAAAAUAUUAUUUGAUCCAACACCGUCGAUUAUUAACAUUCCUCCACAAUCUGCUAUUAAAACUGGUGAACAUCCACCUAUUUAUUCGAAACAAUACUCCGCAUCAAAUAAUGAUCAACAACUUAAAUUUCAGGAAACACAGAAAUUAUUAGAACGCGGUCAAAUUGAAGAAUCAACAUCUCCAUGGUCAUCACCUAUUGUUCUCGUUAAGAAGAAAGAUAAAACCAUGCGAUUUUGUAUAGAUUAUCGUCGACUAAAUGCAAUUACAAUCAAAGAUGCAUUUCCACUUCCUCGUAUCGACGAAAUAUUUGAUCAAUUAACUGACGCAAUAUAUUAUACAAAAUUUGACUUUAAAUCGGGAUACUUUCAGGUCCCUCUAUCUAAAGAGGACCGUCGGAAAACUGCUUUUUCAACCCAGAACAAUCAUUAUCAAUUUAUUGUACUCCCACAAGGAAUAACUAAUGGUCCCGCAUCAUUUCAACGCGUUAUUAAUCAUAUAUUAGGACCUACAAGAUGGAAAUAUGUAUUAGCAUAUAUUGAUGAUGUCACCAUAUAUUCCAAAACCUUUGAAGAACAUUUAAUCCAUCUUAAUGAAAUUUGUCAAACAUUACGACAAGCUCGUUUUCGUCUUAAUCCAGAUAAAUGUGAAAUUGCUCGAACGCAAACAGAUUAUCUUGGUCAUCGUAUUCAACAUGGUGAAAUUCGUCCAAGUCCUACUAAUAUCAAUGGUUUAUUAAAUACAAAAUUACCACAAACUUCAGAUGAAGCUUGUAAAUUUGUCAAAGCUGCUGAAUAUUAUAGAAAAUUUAUUCCAAAUUUUUCUCAAAUCGCCGAACCCCUUCGAAAAUUCGUACCAACUACUAGAACUCAACAAAAGAAAGGACAAAAAACUUACAUUACAUUAACAAAUGAAGAAAUUAAAGCAUAUGAACAACUCAAGCAUUUUCUUACAACGGAUUUGGUGUUACGUCUUCCAAAUAAUAGAUUCCCUUUUAAAGUACAAACAGAUGCUACUGAUGAGGGAAUCGGUGCUGUUUUAUUACAAAUCUACCCAGAAGGAGAUAGACCUGUUGCAUAUAUUUCCAAGAAAUUUACUCAAGCACAACGUAAAUGGUCUCCGAUGGAACAAGAAUGUUAUGCUUUUAUUUGUGCAUUAGAUAAAUGGCAUAAUUAUUUAAGUGGAAUUAAAUUCGUAUGGGAAACUGACCAUAAAGCAUUAACACAACUGAAUCAAAAAGCUCAACUUAAUAAACGAUGUGAAAGAUGGAGAUUAAAAAUUUUGGAAUACGAUUUCAAGGUGAAAUAUAUUCCUGGUUCAACAAAUUCGAUGCCAGAUUAUUUAUCAAGAUCUCCCGUAGACGAUGCUGAAGAAGAUCCUGACAAAGUUAUUCCUCUCGCUUCUAGAUCAACACAAACCGAUUUUGAAUCUUAUGAAAAAUGUCAUUCUAUCGUUGCUGCUGUCCAAACACGUUCUGCUAAAUUACGUAAUCAAACGUCUGAUAAUUCAACAGAUACAACAAAAUUAGUAUCAGAUUCUCUUUCGUCUAAACAAUUACCAAAUAAUUCAAUUAAAGAGAAUCGAAUUAUUCCAUUUUCGAUAGAACAAUUAAUUAAAGCUCAACAAAAGGAUGAUUAUGCAAAAAAGAUUAUAAAUAAUAUCAAGAAACAUAAACAAUAUAUUAUAGAAAAUGAUUGCUUAAUACGUCGAUUAAAUCCUCCAGUUCCCUAUGUACCACAAGGUGAACUUCGUCGAACAAUAUUAAAAAUUUAUCAUGAUACUGCAGCAAAUGGUGCACACUUCGGACGAGAUAAAACAGUACACAAAAUUAAAACCCGUUAUUUUUGGCCUUCGAUGUACAAAGAUAUUAAUAAUUACAUUAAAUCAUGUAUUCUUUGUGCUCAAUACAAUCCUCGUCGACAAAAAAUUCCUGGUACAUUAAAACCGAUUAAACCCCCUGAUGGAGUAUGGCAGUUAGUCUCUAUGGACUUUCAUGGACCUAUUAAUCCAACAUCUCAACAUGGAAACAAAUAUAUUAUAUCGCUUACCGAUGUUUUAUCAAAAUUCGUCGUUACAAAAGCUGUUCGUGAUAAUACUGCUCAAACAGCUGUUCGAUUUAUCAAAGAAGAUAUUAUUACCAAAUUCGGUACACCUUGUUGUAUACUUACGGAUAAUGGUACUCAUUUUACAUCGUCCUUAACGAAUGAAUUAUUUAAAUGUAUUGGAACAACACAUCUAUAUUCGACACCGUAUCAUCCUCAAACUAAUGGUCAAGUUGAAAGAUAUAAUUCAACAAUGGAUGCAAAAAUUGCAGCUCUUUCGAACUUACACAAAACUGAUUGGGAUGAUCAAUUACCAUUCGUUACAUUUAAUUAUAACAAGUUAAUUCAUUCCUCAACGAAACAAGUCCCGUUUCAAAUGAUGUAUCGUCAACGAUAUAAACAACGUUAUGAUAUACAUCGUUCUAAUCCAUCGUACAAUGUUGGUGAUCCCGUUCUCGUUAAAACACUCAACAUCCGUUAUAAAUUUGAUAUUCGUUAUGAAGGACCCUUCCGCAUCGUUAAAAAAAUUACCGAAAAAACAUUUAUCGUUCAACACAUCAAGAAACCAACAUUACAUCGUCAAGUUACCACUGAUGUGUUAUUUCCGAUUUUCGAACGAAUUCAAUAA